GCGAUGUAUAAAGAGAGGGCGGGGAGAUGAAUUCACAUCCAGCCUCUCCCACUCAGGACCGUUCCUGCAGCGUCCAGUCCCGGGCUACAGGUUUGCAGCGAGGAGAUGUCGGACGUAGGCGGGGACAACGCCCCCAGGAGCAGGCCCGUGGUGUCUCACGUGGGUCGGAGCGCCACCCCCUCCAACAACAACAACGAUGAGGAGAAUCCCGUCCCAGACUUCCAGUACUUUGGCCUGACGCCCAGAUCACCUCCCAGCCUGCAAGGCUUCCUGGAGGUGUGGGGCGUGGAGGUCCACGCUAGGCCCGACGACGUGAACAAGACGCAGCAUCACACACAGUUCUAUGACUGCAACAACCUGGUGGUGAGACGUGGACAACCCUUCCAGAUCACCAUCACCAUCAACCGGCCCUACAAAGCUCAAACCGACAAGCUGUGGGUCGAACUGUUCAUCGGUCGCCACCCGAGUGCCGUGAAGGGAACAUACAUCCCGAUUUACCUGCAGGACGAGCUGGUGAAGGGGAGGUGGGGAGCGAAGGUGAUCACUGCCCCUGGCAACAUCCUCGGCCUCUCCGUCCUCUCUCCCGCGGACUGUAUCGUGGGCAGAUUCCGCAUGUAUGUGGCCAUCAUGACCCCGCACGGAAUACGCAGGACCGCACGGGACAAGGCCACCGACAUCUACUUCAUCUUCAACCCUUGGUGUAAUGACGAUGCGGUGUAUCUCAGCGAUGAUGACCAGCGCCACGAGUAUGUCAUGAACGACGUGGGCUGCAUUUACUACGGAACCUCCACUGAAGUGACCAGCAGGCCGUGGAUCUACGGGCAGUUUGAAAGGAAUGUAUUGAACGCUUGCAUCUACAUUCUGGACCGGGCGCGGAUGCCUCUACAGUCCAGGGGUUGCCCCAUCAAGGUGUGCCGUGUGGCAUCUGCCAUGAUUAAUUCGAAGGACGAUGCGGGCGUGCUGGUGGGGUGUUGGGAUGGGACGUAUGUUGAUGGAGUGGCCCCCACAGCCUGGAACAGUAGCGUAGAGAUACUGCUGCUGUACUACAAGAACAAACAACCUGUCUGUUACGGACAGUGCUGGGUCUUUGCUGCUGUGCUCAACACAGUGCUGCGAUGCCUGGGCCUCCCCACCAGAGUGGUCACCAACUACUCCUCAGCCCACGACAACGAUGCCAACCUGCACACAGACAUCAUCCUGGACCAGGACGGGAAGAAGAUGUUGGAGCUGACCAAGGACUCCAUCUGGAACUACCACUGCUGGAACGAGUCCUGGAUGCUGAGGGCUGAUCUCCCGUCUCUCUAUGGAGGCUGGCAAGCUGUCGACGCCACCCCUCAGGAGACCAGUGAAGGCAUGUACCAGUGUGGCCCAGCCUCUGUCACCGCCAUUAAGGAGGGCCAGGUCUGCUUCCCGUUCGAUGCACCCUUUGUCUACGCUGAGGUGAACAGAGAUGUGGUGUAUCUCAACGAUGAUGACCAGCGCCACGAGUAUGUCAUGAACGACGUGGGCUGCAUUUACUACGGAACCUCCACUGAAGUGACCAGCAGGCCGUGGAUCUACGGGCAGUUUGAAAGGAAUGUACUGAACGCUUGCAUCUACAUUCUGGACCGGGCGCGGAUGCCUCUACAGUCCAGGGGUUGCCCCAUCAAGGUGUGCCGUGUGGCAUCUGCCAUGAUUAAUUCGAAGGACGAUGCGGGCGUGCUGGUGGGGUGUUGGGAUGGGACGUAUGUUGAUGGAGUGGCCCCCACAGCCUGGAACAGUAGCGUAGAGAUACUGCUGCUGUACUACAAGAACAAACAACCUGUCUGUUACGGACAGUGCUGGGUCUUUGCUGCUGUGCUCAACACAGUGCUGCGAUGCCUGGGCCUCCCCACCAGAGUGGUCACCAACUACUCCUCAGCCCACGACAACGAUGCCAACCUGCACACAGACAUCAUCCUGGACCAGGACGGGAAGAAGAUGUUGGAGCUGACCAAGGACUCCAUCUGGAACUACCACUGCUGGAACGAGUCCUGGAUGCUGAGGGCUGAUCUCCCGUCUCUCUAUGGAGGCUGGCAAGCUGUCGACGCCACCCCUCAGGAGACCAGUGAAGGCAUGUACCAGUGUGGUCCAGCCUCUGUCAUUGCCAUUAAGGAGGGCCAGGUCUGCUUCCCGUUCGAUGCACCCUUUGUCUACGCUGAGGUGAACAGCGACGUUGUGUACUGGACCCAACAGAACGAUGGGUCGCUGGUGAAAGGGGAGGUGAAGACUGAUGAGGUCGGCUUGUUGAUUCUCACCAAGCAGGUUGGGUCGGAUAUGAGGAUGAAUAUCACCGAUCUGUACAAGUACCCGGAAGGCAGUCCUGAGGAAAGGUUGUCCCUGGCAACGGCGGUCCAAUUGGGAGUUGUAAAGCCAGAGGCACCAAUGGACCUACCGAAGGACGUCUCAAUCAAGGUGCAGGUGGAUGAGAACAUCAUGGUGGGCUCCAACUUCACGCUGGCUCUGGAGUUCAAUAACCACAGCAACGAAAACCGCAGUGCGGAGGUCCAGAUUACCGGAUACGUCGUGUUCUACACAGGAGUCCCAAAGGUCCAGAUGACAGAUGAGAAUAUCGAGGUGGAGAUGGAACCUAAUGAAGUCCAACAGGCGCAAGUGGUGAUCAAAGCCAAGGACUAUGAGGACAAGCUGGUGGAACAACUCUCCCUGCAGUUCCUCAUCACGGCCACUGUCCCUGAGACGGAGCAACGACUGGUCAUUGAGAAGAAGGUCACUCUGCAGAUUCCCAAGCUGAGAAUUUCGGUCGAAGGUGAAGUGGCGUAUGGGAGAGAGGUGUCUGUGGUCGUCCAGUUCACCAACCCCUUCACAAAACCUCUGGAACAUCUGGUUCUGCGCAUUGAUGGGCUGGACUACGCCAAGUCUGAUCUCAUGUUGUUCAGCCGCCUCCCUGAGAACGAGACGCUGAAGGCGAAUUUCUCCGUGGUCCUGCGGAGACACGGGAGGUGGAAGAUCAUCGGCAGCUUGGACUGCCCAGCCUUGCGCCAGGUGGGCGGUGAGCUGGAGCUACAGGUCCAGUAGAGACGGCAACACCCAGCGGCUGGGAACACGCCCAGCCUAGAGGAACAAGCUACGCAACCCGCGACAUCUCCCUCUCAAACAGCACCGAAACGUUGCCUAUUUCCUUCGCUCCAUAGAUGCUGCUGCACCCGCCG